AUGUUGGAUCUAGUACUGACAAAUUGGGAUCACGAUAUUGCUGUGGAAAAAAGCACAAGCUAUUUAUCUAAAGUGGACCAAUACCAUCCACCCAUUGAAAUCACAAUAAGCUUGCCUAAAAUAAAAUCCUUAAAAUGUAAACCGUUUUUACAACGUAAUUUUUUCAAAGCUGAUUAUAAUCAAAUUAAUGAACGACUAAGCAGCAUAGACUGGCAUGAUCAAUUAAAUAAGUGCUCCAGUGUCGACGAUUCCGUUGCUAAAUUUUAUAGUAUUAUUGGCAAAAUAAUUGAAGAAAAUGUACCCAAAUAUAACUGCAACCGCAACUCCAAGUAUCCUCGAUGGUACAGUAAGAAUCUUAUAAAGCUUUUAAAAGAAAAAGAGAAACAUAGAAAAUUAUUUAAAAUUUUUGGCAAUAAGCUUGAUGAAUAUGAAUAUGAUUUAUUAAAAGAGAGAACUACUAAACUCAUUGACAAACUAUACGUAGCAUACUGCGAUAGAGUAGAGGAAUUAAUUAUUAAAUAUCCAAAAAAUUUCUGGUCUUACACGAAAAGCAAAAGGAAAGUAAAAAGUACUAUACCGGGAACUAUGAAGUUGGGGAAUGGAUAUGCUAACGACAGUGAAGGGGUGGCUAAUCUUUUUGCUGAACAUUUUUCAUCCGUAUAUCUUGCCAAAUCACACAAUACUGUCCCUUUCGACUGUCUAGCUAUGUCCAAAACCAACGUUCGCAGUAAGAGAGAUGGAAAU